AUUUAUUCUGUUGGCUGCCCUGAAAUCUCGUAUGAAGUAGCUGCCAUUUAUUGGGUUGUCGUCCAUUUUUGUUCGAUCUUUCGUAUCGUGUAUAAUCAAAAUGAAGAUCGGUCUUUGUGCUUAUAGUGGAUAUAAAAUAUAUCCUGGCCAUGGUAAAACCAUGGUCAAAGUUGAUGGAAAGACAUUCACUUUCCUUAACUCAAAAUGUGAAUCUGCUCACUUGAUGAGACGUAACCCUAGAAAAGUUACAUGGACUGUUUUAUAUAGACGAAAGCACAAGAAAGGUCAAGAAGAAGAACAAGCCAAGAAAAGAACAAGGCGCACUCAAAAAUUCCAACGUGCUAUUGUGGGUGCUUCUCUUACAGAUAUCUUGGCUAAACGUAAUAUGAAACCAGAAAUUCGUAAAGCACAGAGGGAACAAGCUAUCAAGGCUGCAAAAGAACAGAAGAAAGCAGCAAAAGCAACAAAGAAGGCUGUUGCACCUCCUAAAACGAAGGCUUUACCUAAACAGAAGGCUGCAAAGGUGACGCAAAAAUCUGCGCCUCGUGUUGGUGGAAAACGUUAAUUAUUCUGUAACUUACGAAUAAAAUAAUCGUUUUAAUUAAAA